AUGAUAGGAAGAUUAGUGCCAAAAGGCACUGAUAAUACUGAAGGCAAUGUAGCUCCUGGGGAAGGUGCUGAUGCAAUGACAGGUGAUGGACUAGGGUUGGGUGCAUCAACUGGGGAUGGGGCAGAAGUGGUUGUAGGUGCAAUAUUGUUUGUAUGGGCAUGUAUAUUCUCAGCACCUACAGAUGAAGAAGGUAUAGGUGUAGGAGCUAUAGGUAUGGAAAAUGUGGGGAUCAUAAGCCUUCCACAAUGUUUCUCAACUGUAACCGAGGAGUGGGGUGGUGAUGCAGGCAUUGUAGUGUUUAGAGCACAACAAGCCCAUGUGAGCCAUGGGGGUGUGGAGCGUGGUGGGGAUGUUGGGAUCUAA